AUGUCGACCCAGACACGCCGUUCGUCGUUUUCGUCUUCAACGUCGUCAUCUCUUGCAAAAAGACACGCGUCUUCUUCAUCGACGGAGAAUGUAGGGAAGACCACGGCAGUUGCUUCUCAUUUGGCCAAGAAACGUGCCCCUCUUGGUGACAUUACGAAUCAAAAGAAUGUGACUCAAAAGGGGCCAAGAACCUCCAUUACAUCAUCUAGUUUGGCACCAUGCUCAAAUAAAAUUGCCAAGGUGAAGAAGGGACCUCCUGCUUCUAAUAGCAGUACAGGUUUCUCUGGAAAGACUUUACCUGCAUCCUUAAAUGCGAAAUCUAGUACUCUUAGUGUUUGUAAGGUGAUUUCUAUCCCAAGAAGAGAUGAAACUGUCCCUACUGUUGCUGCUGUUUCUGUUCCAUGCUGCAUGGAUGUUUCUCCAAGUAAAUCUGAUGAUCUUUCAAUGUCUUUGGAUGAAUCAAUGUCCACCUGUGAUUCUUUCAAAAGCCCUGAAGUUGAAUAUAUAGAUAACAAUGAAAUAACAGCAAUUGAAUCUAUCAAUAAGAAGACCUUGAGCAAUCUGUACAUCUCAGACCAUGUGGAAACUGCAGAAAAUGCGUGCAUCAGAGAUACACUUGUUGAUAUGGAAACAGAUGAUAAAAUUGUUAAUGUUGAUGACAAUUACCAGGAUCCGCAGCUUUGUGCAACCAUUGCCUGUGAUAUUUACAAGCAUUUGCGUGCAUCUGAGAUGAAGAAAAAGCCGUCCAUAGACUUCAUGGAAAGAAUUCAGAAAGACAUCAAUGCCAGCAUGCGUGCAAUACUGGUUGACUGGCUUGUGGAGGUGGCUGAAGAGUACAGGCUUGUACCUGAUACCUUGUAUUUGACUGUAAACUACAUUGAUCGAUAUCUGUCUGGGAAUGUGAUGAACAGGCAAAGACUGCAGCUACUUGGUAUUGCCUGCAUGAUGGUUGCUGCGAAAUACGAGGAAAUAUGUGCACCCCAGGUGGAAGAGUUUUGCUACAUUACAGAUAACACAUAUUUCAGGGAUGAGGUUCUGGAAAUGGAAUCAACUGUUUUGAACUACUUGAAGUUUGAAAUGACAGCCCCAACGGCUAAAUGUUUUUUGAGGCGAUUUGUUCGUGCUGCUCAAGGAAUCGAUGAGGUUCCAUCAAUGCAGUUGGAGUGCUUGGCCAACUACAUUGCAGAAUUAUCUCUCCUGGAGUAUACUAUGCUUUGCUAUGCUCCAUCACUGGUAGCUGCCUCUGCCAUUUUCUUAGCCAAAUUUAUACUUCUUCCUUCAAAGAGACCAUGGAAUUCCACAUUGCAACAUUACACACUUUAUGAGCCUGUUGAUUUGUGUGACUGUGUAAAGGAUCUCCUUCGCCUGUACUUUGGAAGCCAUAAUUCUACUUUACCCGCAAUCAGGGAGAAAUACAGUCAGCAUAAGUACAAAUUUGUAGCCAAGAAGUACUGCCCUCCUUCAAUACCUGAGGAAUUCUUCCAGAACCCAAGCUGCUAG